UGCAACUUUUAGCUGUUGUUGAUGUUGCUGCUGUCUCUGACUUUGGCCAGCCUUCAGGACAAAGUGGGGAACCAGUCAGCAAAUGAAAAUGUCUUGUCAUUGAACCAGAAUCCAGUUGAUGGUGCUGCUAAAAUGAAAGCUAUCAUAUCCAUCUCAAAAUUUCAACAUGUUCUUCCUCUUGCCAAAUGGAGAAAGAAAAGGCCCGUUAACUCAAAGCUCUCCACACUACAUGAUCAAAGCAAAAUGCGAUGGGCAAAAUGGGAGGGUUUCCUUCCUAAUGGAGCUGUUUCGAUUUAUAACAACUAUGUUGAUCGCAUCGACUAUGUCUGCAAAGUCAGAUGCCUUUCUGGCUUUUAUACCCCCAGUAUGGGUGCUUACUGCCAUUACCCAGACAAUAAAAAAGAACUUCGUUCCUCUUCAUUUCAAAUCCUUGUGAAUGAAGAUAAUUUCGAGAUCUUAGAGUGGAAAGAAGAUUCUUAUGGUUCUGUUCCCAAGACUGCAGUAAGUACCUGCUCCAAUCAAAAAAUCUAUGUAGGAAAGAACAAGUAUGGUCUGGGGAAGGUCGAUCCAAAAGAUGAAUGCUUUUAUCUUCCCUGGGAGGGUCAAGAAUAUUGGUACAGGCACUAUGAGGUUCUGACCCACUGGAAGGCUGAAAAGGAUCUCAUCUCCUCUGUCAAGUACAAAACAGACCAAGCUAAGAUUUUUAAGGAGCCUCCCAAAGCCCUCCAAACCUCAACUGCUAUCAACUAUAACAGCAAGCCUGUGAAGAAAACAGUUACUUUGACUAAGACGACCAAAGAUGAGAGACGAUGGGACACCAGCUCCUCCUUUACAGUUGGUGUGAGAGUGUCCAUCAAAGUAGGUAUUCCUCUGAUUGUCGAUAAAAGAAUUGAAUUAAGUGCUGAGACGACCCAUGUGUUCUCAAAAGGAAAUACCUGGAUAGAGGAGAUCUCCCACUCUGCCUCUGUAGAGCUUACUGUACCACCAAGCAGCAGCUGCAGAGUCAAUAUGGUUGCUUUCCUGUACAAAGUGGACAUCCCUUUCACCGCCAUCCUCAAUCGUACUUAUGAAGAUGGAGAGACCAGAUCCGUUGUCAUCACCGGAACAUAUGAUGGAGUCCAAACUGGGGAGAUUAUGACUGAAAUUGAAGAAUGUAAACCUUUAUUCAAAUCUAGGUCAUUUCCCUAUAAGAUAAAUGACAUACUGAAUUUGGGAAAAACUGGUAUAUUGUAGUUAGCACAACUUUACCAGGCAUUCAAUAUAGACCUACAGCUGCAUUUAUGCUUUUUUCUCCAUACUUUUUAUAGAUGUUCAAUUCAAUUUAAUUAAAUUCAGUGUAUUUAUAAAGCGCCAUUGAGCACAUGUCAUCUCAAGGCACUUUACAGUUCACCAGAUCAUACAGUCAAAUUGAUUCAAAGUUUUCUAUCUAAGGAAAACCAGUUGAUUGCAUGGACUCAUUGAGUCAAUGGCAAUCCUUCAAACUAAGCACGCUUGUAGCGACAAUGGAGAGGAAAAACUCCCUUUUAACAGGAAGAAAUCUCCGGCAGAACCAGACUUGGUGUGAGUGGCCAUCUGCAGAGGCCGACUGGGGUUCAAGGAGACAGAAGCAGAGAUAUAAAAGGUAACUGUAAAAGGCGGCCCCGUCCAGGAAACACUCAGCCAGCAGACAAACUCCGACCAAGCUCCCAUGUCAGAGGAUGAAGAGAACACUUCCAGCCAGUCACAGUCAGAGAAACAGGACUACACUGAAAAACAGGCUAAUCUUCAACAUCUAUACACAACGGAUUAGAAACAUAUUUGAUAAAAGUGAAUUUUGGCUGUGCUAUUUAAAUGUAAUUUGUAAAGGUCCAUUAAACAUUCUCUUUUUCUAUAAAUCAUACUAUAUAUUCUUUCAUAUAAUUAGCUUAUUUACUUUUAUUUUCUUUAAUUACAUGUGCUGUGAACAAGCCACUGCAGUCUUUUUCUUUUUUCUUACCUUAAGCACUUUGAAUUGCCUUGCUACUGAAAUGAUAAAUAGAUAAUAAAUAAACCUGGCUUCCA